AUGAGAGUUCUCAAGACGUCUUCACAUUGCUUCUUUUGGGUGAACAUGUUGGAUGAUGGUACAUGUGGGCAGCAACAGGAUACGGAUCUCAAAGCAAGAAUGCUGUAUGGUUGGCUCAAUGGCAAUGAUGCUAUUGAGGAAUACCACAAGGUAAGAGGUUUAUUGUGGGAUUGGUUGGAUUCAAGUGAACUUACCAAACACCAUACAGUGGCAGAGCCUCUUUCGGCGAUACUAUUAUUAUCACGGCUGCACGUCAAGGGCGUCAUUGUACUAUACUUUCCUGUGGAGCUCUACAUGUUGUGCCCGGGGACAGUGCGACUCAUGUUGCGGCCUCAUGGAUUUAAAAAUGCAUCCUCUGUUCGCACGGCUCCAUCGUUUCACGGCUAUUGGUCUCCUUGCCUUUAG